AUGUGGUCCAACGUCGCCGGCUUUCUGCGGCGCAAGGCCAACGAGCUACGCUUUGGGAAGCGGCCGCCGCGUCGGCGGCACCGCGUCGUCGCGCGACGCAAGUACGGGCAUCUGCGUGAGUUUCUCUACGUCCUCUUCUACAACCUCCAGCUCCUCUGCUACCUCUUCUUCAUUCCACUUCGGCUCGGGUUUGUGUUUGACCCGUUUCUGAGCCACGCGAGUCCGCAUAUGGACGCGAACGACGGGCUCUUCUAUGCCAUCGACGUGGCCACGGACGCCUUUGGCCUCGUCAACUUUUACUACCUCUCGCGCUACCACCGCGGCAUGUACAACCGCCCCAUGAGCUUCUCGCAGCACUCGUCGCACAGGACGACGGCCACGUCGCGCGCACCGGGGCGCCUCGCGUCCAUGGCAGCCCGCGCCAACAGCGAAAAGGCCAUCAGCAAGCCCGAGUCGGGUCCGAUUGCCGCGCGUCACUUGCACUUUAUGGGCACGCUGUCGGGGCGCACGCUCGCGCACAUCUCACGCUUCCAGCUGUUGCUCGAAGCCGCCGCGCUCAUCCCAUUCGAGUUUGUGUGCUACGCCGCAUUCGGCAUCAACGGCCUUCACCUCGCGCGCAUCCCCAAGCUCCUCCGCCUGCACAACGGCCGGCGCUGCCUCGCCGCGCUCAAGACCGUGCUCUCGCGCUAUCCUUGCUUUGCGCGGCUCAACAACACGCCCGUGUCGUUUCUUGUCAUGCUCAUGGUCACGCACCUCUCGCUCUUCCACCUCGUGAGCGCUGCGUACAUGCUCUUAGCGCACGUCGAGUGCGGCGUGCACUUGGACCAAUGCCAAGGUGGUGGUGGCACCAGUGGCCAUCGGCAGCUCAGCGGCGGCGGGCCGACGCUUGCCGAGGGGGCGCCAACGUGCUGGGUGCUCCAAGGCCAGCUGCAAGGGGGCCACAUCUGGGACCAGUACAUCCGAACGCUGGUGACUGUUGCGUUUGGCGACGCGUUCGCCUACACGUUUGCCGAAGGGUGUUUUGGCAUCGUGAUCCAACUCCUCCGCGCGCUCAUGAGUUGCGCGCUCAUCGGCGGCUUCGAGCUCGUCUUUGGCCAUUACAAUUCGCGCCGAAGCACGUACGUGGCCUUGCUCGAAGACGCGCGCACGUAUACGCAAUCACGCAAGCUGCCCGAGAAGCUCCGCAUCAAAAUCCUCGGGUAUUUCGACUACUUUUGGCGCGUCCAGCUCGGGAUUCUGGAAAACAACGUGGUCGCGUCGCUGCCGGCGCACUUUCAAAUGCAGUGCACGCAGGUGCUCAAGGCAUCGCUGAUUAGCAAGGUCUAUUUUCUCGCCAAAGAAAGCCCGAAUGUGAUCCAGAACCUCGCGUCGCUUCUGACGUCGCAAGUGUUUAUGCCCAUGGACUGGAUCACCAAGACAGUGCACGUGCGUGAAAUGUACCUCAUUGCGCGCGGCAAGGUCUUCCUCGUCGACGACAGCCAGAAAAUCAUCUCGAAACUCACCCAAGGCGACGCCUUUGGCGAGAUCACGCUCUUUGUCGAAGACGCGUUUGCAUACAAGGCGCUGGCCGAGACCUUUUGCGAGCUCUACCAGCUCAACACAGACGUCUUCCACACGGUCAUUGACGCCUACUACACCGAGACAUCGGUCGCGCUACAGCGCAAGGCCGAGUGGCAAGAGGCCAUCGAGGCGCGCGACCACCAGAUGCUCAAGACGCAAAAGCUGCUCAACCAAGGCGAGACGCUGCUGAGUGUCAUGCGCCACGCGCACUCGAAAGAGGGACGGUGGGUACUGCCGCAUUCAAAGUUUCGCAGUCGCUGGUCCAUGCUGCACCUCUGCAGUCUCAUCUACAUGGCCGUCGAGAUUCCGUACAAGCUCAUUUUUCAGACCAAAGACGACGUCGAUAGCUCGAUUGGCAUCACGCUCGUGUUCACCGCGAGCGUCCUCAACGAGCUCUUUUACGUCCUGGCAAUCACGUUCCACGCGCGGUACUUUGCCUUCCUCGACACGUCGUCGGUCGUGACGACCGCGCCCGUGACGGACGCCGACUUGAUCUUCGCGCACUACAAGGAGUCGAACGCGUGGCGCUACGACCUCGUUGCGAUCCUUCCGAUCGCGAUCAUCGGCGAUGCGAUGCCCUAUGAAUGGGGCGCGUUCGUCGUCUACCUUCGGCUCUUUCGACUCUUGCGGCUCGUGCGCCUGCGCCAGCUGCAAGACGUGCUCUCGGGCGUCCUCGAAGAGCACCGUAUUUCGUCGGCGCUGCAAACGGUUGUGUACCUCUCGCUUGGUGUCCUCCUCGUCACGCACGUCGCGGGCUGUCUCUGGUUUUUGAUCGCCAACAUCCAGACGCCACAUGCAGCUGCGGAGGCGAAGCUCUGGACCUCGGACGAGAUCACACGCGCGCGCUGCUCGCACGACGGCGCCGUAUUCGCCAACUGCACGUGGUUUCUAUACGACCAAGUGCACCACCCGCACAACUCCGAGUACGCGCGGGCGCUGCUCUGGUCGGUCGUGUCGCUCACCACCGUUGGGUUUGGCCCGAUUUUCCCCUACUCGACGGCCGAGUACACGUACGCGUGUCUGUGGUUUUACAUUUCGUGCCUCAUCAACUUUGGCGUCAUUGGCGCCAUCUCGAGCGCGAUCGCGCAAAUGAUGGCCAACGAGAAUCGAAGCCAGGACCGACUGACGCAAAUCAACCGGUUCAUGCGGUACCGCAACGUGUCGCCGCUUGUGCAGCACCAAGUGCGGCGGUACUAUAAGAACCAGUGGGUGCGCGAGAAGGGCGUCAACGAAGAAGCUUUCCUCAGCAUCUUACCCGACAACCUCCAGCACGAGAUCCUCACGUUCUUGCACGCGCAGACGUUUGAGCGCAUGGCGAUCUUUGACGGCGUCAGCGACGAGUGCAAGCAGAUCAUUGCGACCAUUAUCCGCCACGAGACGUACCAAGCCGGCGAUGUCAUUGCCCACCAAGGCGACAUGGGCGCCGACUUGUACGUGGUGCGGUCCGGUACCGUCGAAGUCUUUGAGAAGACGACGCCGAUUCAAGUGCUGCACGCGGGGGCGUGCUUUGGCGAGGCCAACUUUGUGCUCGAGAUGCCGUAUGCGAUGAGCAUUCGCGCCAUGACGGCGACCGAGCUCAGCGUUCUGCGCCGCCACGAAUUCGAGCAAAUCAUCAAGUUUUACCCCGAAGAGUGGGAAAUCAUCUACGACCAAGGCAUCGACGUCCAUGAAAGUGUCGACGCGGCGUGGUCGACGAUCAAAGCCAACCUGGCGCGCGACAAGAUCGUGAGCUUUGCGAAAAGCACCACGUCGCUCUUUGUGAUGCCGCCGCGCGACGCCGGCGUCAUCCCGCCUCAGAGCCGCGUCCGGCGACUCUGGGAAGCCAUGGUCGUGCUCCUCAUGGUCUACAACGCGCUCCAAAUCAUCUUUCGGAUCUCGUUCCUGCGGCGCCCCAGCGACGCGACGCACACGCUGUUGACGGUCGUCGACUACCUCUGCGACGUCGUCUUCCUCGUGGACAUCUACCUCAAGUACAACCACUUUGCGUACAACAACGAAAGCGGCGGAGAUCUCUCGCGGGCCGAGAGCCGGCACUACUAUCGAUCGCGCUACUUGUUGUAUGAUGUCGCGGCGAGUGCCCCUAUUUACUAUGUCGGUGAUCCGUUCGCGAUGACGCUCUGUCGCCUUCCUCGGCUUCUCCGGUGUCUGCAGCUGCCCGAGCUCAUUGACGCGCUUCAGACUGGACUGCAAGAGCGGUUCGUCUCGGCGCGCGUCACGGCCGUGCUCCGUCUCUUCAAGCUGCUCAUGAUCCUGACGAUCUUUGCGCACUACACAGGCGCGUUCUUCUUCAUCAUCUCCAACCCCGGCGGGUAUCUACCGCACACGGAGCAUUUGCUGGUCGAGAACGAGAUCAUGGAGUGGCACCUCAAAGACCCCGUGAUCAAAAGCCAUCAUGUCACGGCCACCGACUACCGAGAUAUCGAUCCGAUCACAAACAUUCCAUCGUACUACACGUCGAUCGCGUGCUUUGCAGGCUUCUUCUUUGUCGGCCAAGUCAUUGGGCGACUCACGUCGAUCAUCGCCAACAUGGACAAGGAAGCCCACGACUUUGAGCUGCGCAUCGAAAACUACAACGAGUAUGGCCGGUCCCAAAAGUUGCCCAAGUUUCUCCUCGAACGCGGACACGAGUACUUUGAGUUUCAGUUUGAGUGCACACGGGGCAUGGAAGCCGAUGCCAUCUUUGCCGACCUUCCGCACUCGCUCCGGCUCAAGCUCUACUACGACCUGUACGGAAAGCGCCUCCGCGACAUCGCGCUUUUCUACUCGUUCGACUCGGCAACGUUGGCGGCGAUUGCCGAGCGGCUCUUCCCGGUGCUCUUCUUGCCCCACGACAACAUUCUCAUCGAGGGCGGCACCGGCGUCUCGCUCUUCAUCAUGAACCAAGGUCGCGCCGAGCAGUAUGUCCGCGCCUGUAACCUCGUGGUCGCGGCCGUGCCCGAGGGCAGUGUCUUUGGUGAAGUCGCCUUCUUCAUCCCUGACGUCACGCACCUCACGUCCGUGCGCGCCUCAACGUGCUGCGAGGUCUUUCGGCUCGAGCAUGCCGAUUGGCUCGCGCUCUGGCCGACGGAGCGCCGAAGUGAGCUCGAGGCCGACAUCUUCCCGCACGUGGCCGCGAAACACGCGUAUCUCAAAGUCGCGCUUAGCAACAUUUUGACCAACCUCACGUACAUUGAGGGCAUCUCGAGCCCCAACGCCAAGGUCCGGAAGCACAUGGUGAGCAACAACCUCCGCCGGGUCUCGUCGUACGGCCAGCGCCGGCUCAACAUCAUGCGCACGACGCUGGGGUUCAAAAAGUCCAACACCGGUCGGGUGCUCCCCGUCAUCAAUGACAAUACGGCCACGAUCGCGACCGCCGGUCGUCCAAGUCGCGAGAAUGGCAAGGGCCGGAGCUUCCGUGAGCGCAGCAUGAGCGUCAUCCAGCAAAAGAUCCAGGCGGUCAAAACCACAAACGAGCUCCGGAAAAAACUGAUCGCCGACCAACGCAGGCGGGAGCAGCGCACAGCGGUGUUGAUGCGCAGCCUCACGCGCGAGGAGGGUGAUCUGGACGACGUGGACGAAGAUGAACUCGACGACCUCGACGACCUCGACAACGACGAUGCGACCCAUGGGGGAACGAACAGCAAGGCCGUCCCUGGGCUCCUCAUGCCUCGCAGCUCGUGGAUCGAGUCGCGCGACAAGGUGCUCGAAACUGGCUCGACGCCAGAGGUGACGCCGCGCAUUGAAGACAUUCUCUUGGACAAGCAUCAAGCCGGCAACCACUUCGACCACCUCGACGUACUUCGCAGAGCCUCGCUGCGGCUCGAGACGCCGCACAAGUCGUCCGAGGCGGCGCGCGUCUCAAUUUGGGCCGAAGUCAAGAUGCCGCCGUGGUGGACGCAUCCGCACUCGAUCUUUCGGGCGUCGUGGGACCAGCUGCUCUUUGCCAUCACGCUCUAUUACGCGAUCGCGCUCCCGCUGCGCGCGUGCUUUGUGCAAGACGUUCUCCUCCACGAAGUGUACGGCGUCGACGCGUGGAUGUACGCCGAGUACGUCUUGGACGUUAUUUGCCUCGUCGACGUCGUCUUGCGCUGGGGCUUCUUCUGCCGCAUGAUUCACGGCGAGCUCGAGUCCGACACGGCCUUGCUUCGGGCCGAGUACUUUCACAAGGACGGGUACGUCUACGACGCAAUCGCAGCCGUGCCCUGUGAAGUCCUCGCUCUCGUUAUGCCCUCCAGUGUCUGGGGCGAGACGUACUCGUUGGUGCACGCCGUGUCUCUUCUCCGCCUCAACAAGCUCGCGCGGCUCGUGCACAUCCCCGCGUACAGCGCCAAAGCCCGCGACCUCCUCAUGCUGCGCUUCAAGUCGAUCUCGUGGCUCGGCCUCUUUCUGUCUUUUCUUAACAUCUGGGGCAUCUUCCUCCUCUGCGGGCACUGGAUUGCCUGCAUUUGGUUCUAUGUGAGUCUCCAUAGCCCGCUGCCAGUGCCAUCGAUUCAAGUGAUGGCCGGACACGUCUCGUUUGUGGAGCCAUUGAGCGUCGCGUACCUCCGAACAUUCUACUUUGCAGCGACAACGCUCACGUCGGUUGCCUUUGGCGACUCGCGCGCCACGACGCCGUUCGAGACCGUCAUGGUCAUCUUCUUAAUCUUUGUCGGCUUGCUCGCCUACGGCAUUCUCACCGGCGGUCUCUCGGAGAUUUUUGAGGAGGAGUUCAAGAAUCUGGUGACAUUCGAGGACCACCUCGGCGUCGUCUCGACGUUCCUCGUGCACCGCCAGUUUCCUCGGCCGGUCGUCCUCCAGAUCAUGGAGUACUUUCGCAUGCUCUGGGAGCGCAGUGAAGGCAUCGUCGAGAACCAAGCGCUUGCGCCGCUCUCGAGCGCGAUCCGCGAGGACAUUGCCGUGUACGUCAAGCGCGACCUGAUCACCAAAGUCAAGCUCUUUGCCGAGUGCGACCAGGACUUUACACGCGCGAUCGUCGCCGUGCUCCAAGCCGAGUUUUACGUCGCCAAGGACGUCAUCAUCCGCGAAGGGGACUACGAGCGCUCCAUGUACUUUAUUCACAUGGGCUUUGUCCUCGUGACGAACAACGCCAAGAGCUACGAGGUCGUGAAGCAGAAAGGCGACUACUUUGGCGAGCGCAGUCUCUUGCACAACACACCACGCAGCGCCACGUGCUCUGCGAUUUCCAACUGCGAAAUGUACAUCCUCGAGCACGCGGCGUACGAGUAUACGCUCGAGCGCUUCCCCGAGUACCGAGCGCGGAACCUCAAAACCUGGUGCUCGGUGCCGGCCCUGCCGACGGCAUCGGGGACCGAGGACGUUGCCGGACCCUCCUCGGCCAUGGUGCCCGAGAUGCCGUCGGUUGCGGAAGAGCCGCCGCUCAAGCAAGCCGGGCACGGGGAGGUUGGCUCGAGUGAAAAGAUGCGCCGGCUCUCCAACAUGAGCCAGCUGCACUCGUUGUCGCGGCGACCGACGCGUCACGAUGGAAGUCCGAUCUCGGUCCUGACAGGCGCAACGUCGCUCAAGAAGCUCGUGCCACUUGGACCUCGUGUCCGAGGUGUCCGAGACUCGUACGGCAAGAGCUGA